AUGCGCCUGGCGCGGCGCAGCAGCUCCCCGCCGCCGGGCCCGGGCCGGCGCGCGCAGAACGGCACCGGGUCCUGGGGCCUCUCGCAGAACCUGCGCCGCCCCUCCCGGUCCGCGUCCCCGGCACCCAGGCCCAAGGCCGGUCCCUCGGGCUCGGGCCCCUCGGGUUCGGGUUCGGCGCUGGGGCGCUGGCGGGCCCAAAGCCGGAAGCGCCGGGAGGCUGGUGCCUGGCAGCCGCCCCCCUUGCCGGCGCAGCUGGAGGCCAUUGGCCUGGACAACUCCGAGGAGGCCCUGCGGCGCGUCGCCGAAGGCAAGUCAGUUCAGAUCCUGCUGGAGCAGUACUACCCUGAGAAGCUGAGGUCCAGCGUCCAGAUGCAGCGCCUGUCGCGGCUGUUGCAACCUUUGAGCCCAAUCUACAUGCCCAUCCUCCCGCCCCUGCCGGACACCUGGAUGUUCACUGCCCAGGAGGAGGCUCAGAGCUUCAAGGACUACGUGUUGGAGCAGCCCCCCGGGCCCACGCGGCUGCUGCACCGGGUGUACCUGCUGCCUCUCAGCGAGGCCAACCCCACGCCGCACGCCUCGCGGCUGCGGGGCACGCUGCCGGACCUGCGUAUGUUUGCGCACUUCAUCGAGGCGUGGUUCGACUUGCCCUGCAAAGUCUUGCCCUACGACGGCCUCCUCUUCGGCCGGGGCAUCGCCUCCCGGAGCAACGGCCACGGGGGCGACCUGCAGUAUCACGCCAAAGAUAGCCUCCGGCAGCUGCGCAUCCGGCUCCCGUCGGAUGGCUUUUGCAUCCUGGGCAUCACCAUGGAGGAUCUCUUCGACAGCAGCCACAGCUUCGUGCACAGCUCGCUGUCCGUGCAGGAUCGCGCUGGCAUCUUCUCCUUCUGCCGCCUGGACCCAGCCUGGUACCGCGUGAGCUGCCACAUGGACUUCGAUGUGAUGAAGGUAGUGGAGGACUACCCCAAGGAGCGGCGAGAGGGGGACCUGGAGACCCUGCUGAGACGCGGGCAUCAGAUCGUGUCCCACGACCUGGGGCACUUCUUCGGGCUGAAGCGCUGCCAGUUCUUCCUCUGCCGCAUGCAGGGCAGCGCAGGGUUGCAUGAGAGCGACACCAAUCAGGACAAGGUGGACCUUUGCCCGGUCUGCCUGCGGAAGCUCUCCUGGAACCUGGCCUGCAGCAACCACGAGGACGCCCCAACGGACUUGGAGGCCUGGUGCCUGCAGCGGUACCGGAAGCUUCUGGCGCACGCAGAGAAGCUAGGGCCGGUGCUGCAGAGCUUCAAGGUUUGGGUGCGCAGCCGCUUGGCGCAGCUGGACUUGGACAUUCUGCCUGCGGCCGCCGCCGCCGCCUUCAACGUGAGCGCAGUGAAGGCGGCCGAGACCACCGCGGGACCCUGGCCGGUCAGAAGCGGAAGUUUGGAGGCGAAUGAAGACGAGGACCCGAUCCAGCUCACCCCGGACGACCUCGCGAGGCGCGAGGCGGAGCUCUUGAUGCUCUUCGCGCGCCACGAUGAGGACGGGGACGGCAAGAUGAAGGUGAAGGAGUUCUGUCAGCUGAUCACCGAGGUGGAUGAGUCCUUCUCCUCAAUCAGCGCCAUGAAGAUGUUCGAGGCGGCGGACCUCAACAAGGACGGCUCGGUGGAGGUGAAGGAGUUCCUCCAGUGGCUGCUGUGCGCAACGAGCCCCGGGGAGGCGGAGGUGAGGAUCCUGAAGCGCCUGGCGGCGGAGUCGCGCCUGGCUGGCGCUCCAACGCCCGACGAGCUGGACGAAGACCGGCGGAUCUGCCUGCCGCAGCGCUUGGAAAACCCGCCCCCGCGCUUGCCUUGA